AUGGCGCACGGUUUGAAAUGGACUGCUGUGUUCCUGUUGAUAGCGACAUAUGCAACAAACACAGAAGAGACUAGGGUUAAAAACGUCGACACGGAAGUGGAUGAUGUAGAGUUAUCACGGGCGAAGCGGUCUGGAUCUAGUAGCUCGACUAUGAUGUCAGGAGGUAGUACUUUCACAAGAGUGGAAAGUAGUACCAUAACCCAAACGCUAGAGACGGCUGUAUUGGUGGGAACAUCAGCACUCAACAAGGACAUAGAGCAGAAUCGUCAAUUCGUCGAAGCAGGAGUUGACUCCGGUAACCCUAUGGUAUAUUCACAUCAGCUAGACAUGUUCGCAGCGCCCUCUUCCGUAUCAGGAGCUAUCAACAAGUGUGCUUUCUAUGAGCUAUUGUUGGUCCAGGAGAUCCAAAGAAUAACUCAUUGUGAUGUUGAUCAAUUACUGUAUAGCAGUAGUUGGCAAACUGCUUUGAAAACCCUUCUUGCAAAGCAUUGUCCUCCAACAAGCGUUCCGAAAUGUGAUCCCACAGCAAGAUUCAGGACCAUUGAUGGAUCAUGUAACAACCUGAAAUAUCCUCAACGUGGAAUGGCCUUUAGAGCGCAGAAGCGAUACCGACGGCCUGCCUAUCAGGAUCAUAUCGGCAAACCACGACAAAAGUCGGUGCUACUCCAUAACCUGCCGAGUCCACGUGUGGUCAGUAACUGCGUGUUUAAUGCAGGCCCCAACCCAGCAUUGUCAGCAGACAUCACAUCAAUGCACAUGUCGUUUGGUCAGUUCCUAGAUCAUGAUCUUAUCUUCACACCAGUCAUAAAAGGAGAAGGUGGUGCUGGAAUUAACUGUUGUGCCUCCAUAGAAUUAGCAGAUAGGCCUGAGUGUUUUCCUAUCUUCGUGCCACAGUCCGACCCCAACAUUACAGAGUCAUGCAUGAACAUGGUCAGAUCGUCUGCCGCUGUCGAUGACAAUUUGAGAGGAUACCGAAACCAAUUAAACGAAGUGACUUCAUUCGUGGAUGCGUCCAAUGUCUACGGGUCGACAACAAAGAAGAUGAAAGAGCUCCGUGACAGCGUAAAGAAACAAGGAUUGCUGAAGGUAGAUCAAUACAACCGACUUCCGGAGGGUAAGACCCAGUGUUUCAAAGACAAACCAACAGAUUAUUGUCAAGAUGCAGUUACAGGUGACAAACGUGUCAAUGUAGUCCCGAACCUAGGGGCAGUUCACUUACUUUGGGUGAGGGAACAUAACCGUGUGGUUAAGAUCCUAGCGUCCCAUAAUCCGACUUGGGAUGACGACAGACUAUUUUAUGAGGGCAGAAAGAUCAUCAUCGCCAUGAUGCAACACGUCGUUUACAAUGAAUACCUACCCGUCAUCUUAAAUAGCGACUACAUGAAGGCAUUUAAACUGGAACUACGUGAAUCUGGUUUCAGCUACUUGUACAAAGAGCGCGCAGAUGCUACAGUGGCCAAUGUCUUUGGCGUUGCCGCUUUCCGUUUUGGCCAUUCUCAGAUCACCAACAUACAAGCGCAAUACAGUCCGUCUCACAAGCCCACCAAAACAGUGGUCAUUGAAUCCACCUUCCAUCGGCCCCAUCUAAAUGUAGAGAUGAAAGGAAAAGGCUACGAAGCUGUGCUUCGCUGGCUUGUCAACGCCAAGGCUACAAAAAGUGACAGAAAAUUCGAGGAUGGUAUUCGGAAUAAACUCUUCCCUGACGCAAAAGGCCGUACUAUGGAUCUUCCAGCCAUCAACGUGAACAGAGGUCGGGACCAUGGUAUUCCAGCUUACAACGUCUGGCGAGAUUGGUGCGGACUCCCUAAGGCCAAAACAUUCCGAACCGAUGUCUCCGGGGGUCUGUUACAUCACUCGAAGGAGUCUGCUGCAGCACUGAGAAGCGUCUACAGUCAUCCUGACGACAUAGAUUUAUAUGCUGGAGCAAUGUCAGAGAUCCCCAUCCCGAAAGGAAUUGUUGGCCCCACUUUUGCCUGCAUUAUCGGAUUCCAGUUCCAGCAACUUAAAAUUGGAGACCGAUUUUGGUAUGAAAACAAUCUUGGAAGACUCGGACUGAAUUCAGUCCAACUUGCAGAAAUUAGGAAAGUUAGCUUAGCAAAGAUUGUAUGUAACAACAUUGAAGUAUCGGAAAUGCAGCCAAAGGCCUUCCGGACUGUCUGUUCAGGUAACGCCCGAGUGAAGUGUUCCUCACUACCAGACGCCGACCUGAGUUACUGGAAAACGGGAUAA